GGGAGGAUUACAAUGGAUCCUCCUGCCGGCUUUGUGCACUCUUGGAAUCCAGCUGUCACCGCCCCGCAGAGCCCCGUCUCCCCCGAGGGCUCCCAUUUCCGGGCUGCCCACCACUCGGAGUGCAUUGGCAGGCAGCGUCCAGGCCGAGCCUACAGCUACUCCCGCCUUCUCGUGUCCGAUCACCCCCAGACCGUCCCCAAAAUGCCUGUGGACUUCAAUGGGUACUGGAAGAUGCUGAGCAACGAGAAUUUUGAGGAGUACCUGCGCGCUCUCGAUGUCAACGUGGCCUUGCGCAAAAUUGCCAACUUGCUGAAGCCAGACAAAGAGAUCGUGCAGGACGGCGACCACAUGAUCAUCCGCACGCUGAGCACUUUUCGAAACUACAUUAUGGACUUCCAAGUUGGAAAGGAGUUUGAGGAGGAUCUGACAGGCAUUGACGACCGCAAGUGCAUGACCACAGUGAGCUGGGACGGCGACAAGCUCCAGUGUGUGCAGAAGGGCGAGAAGGAGGGGCGUGGCUGGACCCAGUGGAUCGAGGGUGAUGAGCUGCAUCUGGAGAUGAGAGCCCAGGGUGUGAUCUGCAAGCAAGUGUUCAAGAAAGUGCACUGAGAAGAUAGCCUUGGUCCUGAGGAGCAAAUAGGAUGGGUCUGUGGUCAGGAGCACCCCCAACCCCCUGCCUCGCAUGGGUUUGAAACACAUAGCCACCCAGGCAUCUACCGUCAGAGUCUGUCUCGUCAUCUUGUCUCUUUUCCUUUUCUUGAGAUGAAGCUACCCUCAAUAAAGGUGAUCUCUGUUUAA